AUGCUAACACACGUAGUCUCUCAAGGCCGGGCUCUUUCUAGAGGCUUCUGUACAGCCGCUGCGGCAGCCAAAGUCAAGCAAGGCGGGGAUCCAUUCAAGUGGGACCAUGACACACAUUGGAGGGACAUGUUCAUGUUGGAGGAUAUGCUCACUGAGGAGGAGAGGCUCAUUCGGGACUCCGCCCGCGCUUUUGCUGAUGCCGUCCUAAUGCCGACCGUGCUCGACGGCUUCCGCAAUGAGACCUUCAAUAAGGAAGUCUUCCUGGAGUUCGGGAAGAACGGUUUGCUAGGGCCCUUCAUAGAGGGUUACGGCUGUGCCGGUGCCAGCUCUGUGGCGUACGGCCUCAUAGCUCGAGAGGUCGAGAGAGUGGACUCAGCCUUCCGCUCGGCGUUCUCGGUGCAGUCCAGUUUAGUAAUGCACCCCAUAAACAUAUUCGGCAGUGAGGAACAGAAAUCCCGAUGGCUACCAGAGCUAGCCAAAGGGACCAAGAUCGGUUGCUUUGGCCUCACUGAGCCCAAUCAUGGGUCGGACCCCAGUGGGAUGGAGACUACUGCCAAGAAGGUCGACGGUGGUUGGAAGCUUCAUGGGUCCAAAAACUGGAUCACCAAUUCUCCCAUAGCUGACGUCUGUGUAGUCUGGGCUAAGUGUGACACUGACGGCCAGGUUAGAGGUUUCUUGGUUGAGACCGAAUGGAAGGGGGUGUCCUGCCCUAAGAUCCUCGGAAAGUUCUCCUUACGAGCGUCUCCUACCGGCAUGAUUCUAAUGGACGAUGUAUUCGUACCAGAGGAGUCCCUCCUACCCGGUGUAGUGGGGAUGAAAGGUCCCUUUGCUUGCCUCAACUCAGCCCGUCUCGGGAUUGCCUGGGGAGUUAUUGGAGCUGCCGAGUACUGUAUGGAAACUGCUAGAGGAUAUACGAUGGAUAGGAAACAAUUCGGCCGACCAUUGGCAGCUAACCAGCUGAUACAGAAGAAGUUGGCUGACCAGCUGACCGAGAUCCAUUCUAUGACUCUUAUGGCCCAUCGAGCCACUCAGCUUAAAGACGAGUAUAAGUUGCAUAGUAACGUCAUAUCGAUGUGUAAGCGAAAUAACUGCGGGAAGGCUCUCGCGAUCGCCCGGGAAGCUCGGGACAUGCUGGGUGGCAAUGGGAUCGUUGAUGAGUACGGUAUCAUAAGGCACGUGAUGAACUUGGAAGCUGUGAACACAUACGAGGGGACACAUGACAUUCAUGCCUUAAUUCUUGGACGUGCGGUCACAGGGCUAUCGGCCUUCAAGUAGCAGCAUUCUUGUUGGAAAUGGGUGGUGUCACCUUCUCAAUGAUUCGGCCAUUACCUAUUUACAUGGUUGGAUCCAUCAGAGCUCCUAGUUUUCCUAUUUUUUGUAGAGAUGGUAGAAGUUUUUUAUGA